CCUCGUCCCCUACUCGGCAGAACCACCUCGCAUGUCGUCCCAAGGUGAACAGCUCAAGGCAAAAGCCCAGAAGAAGGCCGCGUCGUCGUCCGGCUUCUCCUUCUUCUCGUCGUCGUCGACAAAGUUCGAGGAGGCGCACGACCUGUACCAGUCGGCCGCCAACGCCUUCAAGAUGGACAACCUCCAUCAGCAGGCCGGCGAGUGCUUCUGCCUCGCCGCCGAAAUGGCCCUCCGCAACGACGAGAAGGACGACGCCGCCAACGACUUCUGGGCCGCGAGCAAGGCCUACAAAAAGUCCAACCCCGAGCUCGCCGUCGCCGCGCUGCAAAAGACGAUUCAGCUGUACAAGGAGAAGGGCCGGUUCCGCCAGGCCGCCGACCGGCACAAGGAGAUUGCCGCCAUCCUGCAGCAGGAGGGAGGCGACCUCGCGGGCUCGCUCGAGGCGUACGAGGCGGCGGGCGACAUCUACAUGAAUGAGGAUGCUGCUGCAUCCGCCAACGCGUGCUACAAGGAGGCGGCCGAGCUCGCCGGCACCCUCGGCCAGUACCCGCGCGCCGUGUCGCUCUUUGAGCGCGUCGCGUCCCAGUCGCUCGGGUCGGCCCUGACGCGGUACGGCGUCAAGGAGCACUACCUCAAGGCGGGCCUGUGCUGGCUCGCGACGGGCGACGUCGUGUCGACCAAGCGCGCCGUCGACUCGUACUGCGCCGCCGACCCGAGCUUUGCGACGACGCGCGAGGCAAAGUUCCUCGAGGCCAUCGCCGACGCGUUCGAUGCGGGCGACGCCGAGGAGUACACGGCGCACGUGGCCGAGUACGACAGGUUGACCAAGCUCGACGCGUGGAAGACGGCGCUCCUCCUGACGAUCAAGCGCUCGAUCGCCGAGGAGCCGGCGCUCACCUGAGCGGUGCGGGUGUGCGAGGGCGGCGGCGGCGGCGAGCCGGCAGGGCGAGGAGCGAGCGGGCCGAGAGGUGGGUGGAGCGAGGGGCACGUUGUGAGUAGGACUGGCGCCCCCCGUGUGCUGUACUUUUCGUCU